AUGAGUGCUCAAGAUACAAAUCAGGUAGAAUAUUUACCACCAGUUAAUAUUACUGGGAUGCUUGAAAGGGUUCGAGCUGUAAUUUAUCUUUCAUUAGAUGAAUUAUGGUCCGUUCCGUCUUAUAAUGCCUUAAUUGCCACAUUUAUUGACCUAAGAUUUAAACAUUUUAAUUGGGCAUCUAAUGGCGAACGAGAUAAGGCAUAUCAUUUGUUUUUAUUUAAUAUUUAA